UUUGAUCCUGCUACGAACCAGUGGUCGGAUGACGUUGCUCCAACCAUUCAAACACACUACUCAUGUGGUGUGGCUGUACUUGACGGUUCUAUUUACGUAGUGGGUGGAACUAGCACUGUUGAUUGUAUGUCGGCUGUUGAACGGUAUGACGUUCGACGAAACGAAUGGUUCUUUGUGGGACACAUGCGGGAAUCUAGAGCAGGGGUUGCUGUUGCCGUGCUUGAUGGUUGUUUAUACGCCCUCGGAGGACAUGAUGAAGGAUUACAAUGGAAUACUGUAGAG